AUGAAUCGCUAUGCGCUGACGAAGAAGCUGGGUGACGGCACUUAUGGGUCAGUGGUGAAGGCGGUGAACAGACAAACCGGCGAAGAGGUCGCCGUGAAAAAGAUGAAGAAGUUGUUUACGAGCUGGGAAGAGUGCAUGCAACUUCGAGAAGUGAAGUCCUUGAAGAAGCUGACCCACCCCAACAUCGUCAAGCUGAAGGAGGUUAUCCGAGAGAACGACGAGCUAUUCUUCGUGUUCGAGUUCAUGGAAGGAAACCUCUUCGAGCUCAUGCAGGACCGAGGUCGAAGUUUCCCGGAGCCCAAGAUCCGCAACAUCAUGUUCCAGAUGAUGCAGGCGAUCGCCUUCAUGCACAAGCACGGCUUCUUCCACCGUGACAUCAAGCCGGAGAACACGCUCAUCAAGGCAAGGGAACAAACAAACAACUGUUAUGGCCAGCUAACGGGCGACACCGUCAAGGUGGCCGACUUCGGCCUGGCGCGAGAAACCCGCUCGCGCCCCCCCUACACAGAGUACGUGUCGACGAGGUGGUACCGGGCGCCGGAGGUCCUCAUGCGGUCCACGCACUACAACUCGCCUAUAGACACGUGGGCGUGCGGGUGCAUCAUGGCGGAGCUCUUUGCCCUGGGAGCCCUGUUCCCGGGCACGAGCGAGGCCGACCAGGUGUACAAGAUCUGCUCCGUGUUGGGAACGCCGACCGCGGAGACGUGGCCCGAGGGCCUCAAGCUGGCGGCGCAGAUGCAGUUCCGGUACCCCCCCUUCGUGCCAACCCCCUUGGCGCAGCUCAUCCCCAACGCUAGCUACGAGGCCCUGGCCCUGCUCUCGGACCUCAUCCAGUUCGACCCUUACCGGCGACCGACCGCCAGCCAGGCGUUACAGUACGCCUUUUUUCAGGCGAACUCCACGCUGGCGCCGGCCAAGGCGGGCGGCGGGGCCGGCGGGGCCCUCCAGCAGCAGCAGGGGCUUCAAGGGACGGGGGGAGCGGACGCGGCGCAGAACCUCAUCCGACAGCCGAGCUACGCCAGCGCGUACCAGGGCGUGGGGGCAGGUUUCGCCAAGGGGUCGGGGAAAGGGUUCGGAUCGGGAGGCACACACUCAUUGGGGAGUUGGAGAGGGGGAGGGGGCUCCGGAGCAAUAGCGGCACCUUCGGCAGCAGCAAGAGCCGCUGGCGCCUCAGGGAGCAGUCAGACGGAAGCGCGCGACGCUGGCGGGUAUGGGCCCAGAGCCCUCAACGCCGGGUCGAGCGGGGCGAGCUCGGGAAUGAUGGGGAGAGGCUCGGGGGCUAGCGCAGGGGUUGCGGGGAGGAGAAUCUCGUCGGGCCUUGGAAACGUCGAGGUUUCCAACAGUGCCGGGCGCGUGGCUGGGGGGGGCGGGGACAGCGGCAGCGGAUCUAAGCUCCGCAGCGGCCGCUACACUCGGUUAGCGAGGUACGGUCCGGCGCUUGGCUCUAGCCAGGCUCAGGGAUCAGCCUCGAAGCAGUACAAAGCGCCGCAGGCACGGGCGUACAACCUGCGCUCGGGAGCGGCGCAGUUCAGCGCGGCCGCUAUGGGUCUUGGGGGGAGCCGUGAUGUCGGGGGUGGCGGGGGCGGGAGUGAGGGUGGUGGUUUUGGCGCGGGGAGUGCUGGCACUAGCGGUCUGACAGCACAGCGAGCAGGCUUGGGAGGUGUGGCGGCGGCAAAGCCGCCAUAUGCGGUUGUGCCCGGGGGGAGCGGUGGGGUAGUGCCGUCGUACGGAGGCCGAAGAGGAUCAAACACGACGACAGUCGGUGUCGGAGGGGGCAGUUCAGGAGGGUAUGGAGGGGGGGGCGGGGUUGGUUUCGGGCGGCAUAAAUACGGCUGA